ACAGUUUCACAAUGUUCAUGGUCACCAGCAGAGAAUCCUCACCAACUCCUGUACUCACUAACAGAGCUGAUGUCCUCCCCCUCCUCGCUACAUUAUGUUGUGACGUUACCGAGUCCAAGAGGUGCUCACAUUACAUUGAGUCUAUGCAAUGGUAGAUUGGUUAAGUGUGGUAAUGAGCACAUUCAGGGUAGUUGUAUUACUGUGCCUGGAAUCAAGCCUACUGUAGCAGGUAAAACUAUCAGUGUACAGUCAUUAGAGGUUAGUAUGGCCAGCAGUGGCUUCCAAUUAAUCCUUGACAAUGGAGCAACUUGUGAAGUGACUAGCAAGCCUCGUCGAACAGUUUUAAUGUUUCCGUGUGAUCCAAAUAAGGAAGUGUCACCAUCUGCUUUUGCUCCACUCAAGGCGUAUGAAGGAGACAAGAAGUUGAUUUGUAAUUAUUUUGUUGAUUUUCCUCCAAGUCAAUAUGGCUGCCCAGUAUUCCUGGAGGAUAACCGUAUCAUCAUUGAAGCUGUAUCAGGCUGUAUAAACUCCUCUCCCACAAAAACCACCUCCAAUUGUCAUUACAAUGGUGGACAGACCCUCUCCUUAAUUGGACUUGGAUUUCACACUCUCUGCCCACAAUACAGCACACAAUCAGCUCAACAAUCGGCUACCAUUAACACAGAUAGACUUCAAUUGACACCCCAAACCCUCUCAGACUGUACUCAUCACUUAAAAUCUACUUAUAGUAUUCUUAUUGGUGAUACCACUCAUUGCACUGACCCUAUACUAGUAUCUCCUUAUGUUAUUAAUUGUACCCUGGCUGGAGGGAGAGGAGAAGGACUUGAUGUCAAGUUGGCAGUGAAAGAUUGUCAAGGAAGCUCAUCUCAUUAUUGUGCUAGUUCAUCUGGUGUUGUUGCUGUUUUGUCUGGGGGCGUGUCUUAUCGAGAAGCCGUUAAUUUUAAGGACAAGUUUAGUAGAUUUGUUGAGCUUGGUGUGGGUGGACUGAAGAAGGAGAUAGAGGAACUGUAUAGAAGAGCUUUUGCCUCAAGAGAUGUGUCACCUGAUUUAUUGGCUCAGUUAGGUAUUACACAUAUAAAGGGUAUCUUAUUAUAUGGUCCACCUGGUGCUGGUAAGACUCUACUAGCAAGAACAGUGGCUCAUUUAUUAGGAUCAAAACAGGUUCAGUUGAUCAAUGGUCCUGAAAUUGUGAGUAAAUUUUUAGGAGAGAGUGAAAGAAAUCUAAGAUAUUAUUUUCAAGAAGCUGCUGAUGCCUAUAAGACUCAUGGUGAUGCUAGUGAACUGUAUGUUAUAAUUAUUGAUGAGAUUGAGGCAAUCUGCAAACCAAGAGGUAAGAUUGAUCAGUCUUCUGCUGGAGCUGCUUACGACAGUUUAGUGAAUCAAUUAUUAACAUUACUGGAUGGAUUGAGUCAAUCUAGUAAUGUUCUUGUUAUUGGUAUGACGAAUAGGAAAGAGCUGAUGGAUCCAGCACUACUAAGGCCAGGAAGGUAA